GCUGCAGGAAAGUAGGAGAUGGUUCAACACCCACCCCCCCCCGCUUGUUUACCUAGAAGAAAAAUGGGCCUAAGGACAGGAAAAUCCACCACAGAAUGGCUCCAGGUCAGAGGUGUUGUGUUAAUGCGCAAAGAUGGCCAGCACCACACAGAUAUCCAAAGAUGAGCUAGAGGAACUCAGGGAGGCCUUCUCCAAAGUUGAUCUCAACAGCAACGGUUUCAUCUGCGAUUAUGAGCUGCACGAACUCUUCAAGGAAGCCAAUCUUCCGCUCCCGGGAUACAAAGUCCGAGAGAUAAUUCAGAAGCUGAUGAUCGACGGAGACAAGAACAAAGAUGGAAAGAUUAGCUUUGAAGAGUUCGUUUACAUCUUCCAAGAAGUGAAAAGCAGCGGGGCCAAAACCUUCCGCAAAGCCAUCAACCGGAAGGAAGGCAUCUGCGCCAUCGGCGGCACUUCGGAGCUGUCCAGCGAAGGGACCCAACACUCGUACUCAGAUGAGGAGAAAUAUGCCUUUGUGAACUGGAUCAACAAAGCUUUGGAAAACGACCAGGAUUGCAAGCAUGUCAUUCCCAUGAACCCAAACACAGAUGACCUCUUCAAAGCCAUGGGGGAUGGCAUCGUCUUGUGUAAAAUGAUCAACCUCUCCGUUCCCGACACCAUUGAUGAACGAGCCAUCAACAAGAAGAAGCUCACCCCAUUCAUAAUUCAGGAAAAUCUGAAUUUGGCUCUGAAUUCGGCCUCCGCCAUUGGGUGCCACGUGGUCAACAUCGGAGCGGAGGAUUUAAGGGAAGGGAAACCCCACCUGGUCCUCGGCCUCCUCUGGCAGAUCAUCAAGAUUGGAUUAUUUGCAGACAUUGAGCUCAGCAAAAAUGAAGCGUUGGCUGCCUUGCUGUGUGAUGGGGAGACUUUGGAAGAUCUGAUGAAAUUGUCCCCUGAAGAGCUUCUCCUGCGAUGGGCCAAUUACCACUUGGAGAGCGCCGGCUGGCACAAGAUCAACAACUUCAGCUCUGAGAUAAAGGACUCCAGAGCCUACUUCCAUCUCCUCAACCAAAUCUCCCCCAAAGGACAGAAGGAAGGAGAACCACAAAUCAUCAUCAACAUGUCAGGCUUCAAUGAGAAAGAUGACCUCAAGAGGGCCGAGUGCAUGCUGCAGCAAGCAGAUAGGCUGGGCUGUCGGCAGUUUGUUACCCCGGCAGAUGUUGUGAGCGGCAACCCCAAGCUGAAUUUGGCCUUCGUGGCCAACUUGUUCAACAAGUAUCCAGCCCUCACCAAGCCGGAAAACCAAGACAUUGACUGGACAUUACUAGAAGGUGAAACCCGCGAAGAACGGACCUUCCGCAACUGGAUGAAUUCUCUCGGUGUAAACCCACACGUCAAUCAUCUCUACGGUGACCUCCAAGAUGCCCUGGUGAUUUUACAGCUCUACGAGAAGAUCAAAGUUCCCGUUGACUGGAACAAAGUCAACAGACCCCCAUACCCAAAACUCGGGGCAAACAUGAAGAAGCUGGAAAACUGCAACUAUGCGGUUGAUCUAGGAAAGCAUCCCGCCAAGUUUUCGUUGGUUGGCAUUGGAGGACAGGAUCUCAACGACGGGAACCCGACCCUCACCCUGGCUUUGGUCUGGCAGGUGAUGAGAAGAUAUACUCUGAAUGUCCUGGAGGACCUCGGAGAUGGUCAGAAAGUCAACGAUGACAUCAUUGUAAAUUGGGUGAACACAACUUUAAAGGAAGCCGGGAAAUCAAGUUCUAUCCAGAGCUUUAAGGACAAAAGUAUCAGCAGCAGCCUGGCCGUGGUGGAUUUAAUCGACGCUAUUCAACCCGGCUGCAUAAAUUACGACCUUGUGAAGACAGGCGAGCUCUCGGAGGAAGACAAGCACAGCAAUGCCACGUACGCCGUCUCCAUGGCCAGGAGAAUCGGUGCCCGCGUCUAUGCCCUGCCAGAUGACGUGGUAGAGGUGAAGCCCAAGAUGGUGAUGACCGUGUUUGCCUGCCUGAUGGGCCGAGGGAUGAAGCGCGUUUAAAGAGCAAAGACCCCCCCCCCAGCCUGCCCCCUCCCCACCCCCAGCGCAGAUGCCCGACUGAAGUGCUCUGCUCUGCUUCCGGAAGAGUGGACUGUCUUUGGCUCAAGGACUCUACGUUGGCCUUGGCUACCCAGACCAGGAGAGGUCUGGGAGAGGGGGUCGGGAACCAACCCAGCCACCUCCCUCCCUCCUUCCCUCCCUUCCUCAGAAAUUUCAAGGUUGCAUCUCCUCAAGUGCCCAAGGGAACAAUUCGCACUCGUGCCGGUGGCGGGCACACCGACCAAAGCUUUCUUUCCUCGUCCAGAGGGGCAGUUUUCGGGAGAGUGGCCAGCUUUAAGGCUCUCUCCGGCCCUGAAAGGAAGAAGGAAAGAAAAUAAAAUAAAAAGUUUCCUUUAAAAAAAAAAAGAAUAAUAAUAAUAAUAAUAAUAGGAGUUUCUAGUGGUUCAAAGGUUUGAGAUGGGCUUGACUGUUUCUUUUAUUUUUCCUUUGUAAUUUAACCUGCUGUUCGGUCAUGGGUGCAAAUCCAGCAACGUUUUUAAGCCACACCUUUAAAGGAAUCAAAAACCACUUAGUAGAAAUCAUACAUUAGGCAGGUAGGUUUUACGGAAUUUAUCCUCUCGGGGAAGCUCCUUUGGCACACCCCGUUCUUCGCCACCUAGCCACAGAGAAGGAGUCGUGCCACUGAAAAGUCUCAGGAGCUCGUUCUCUGGCUUCCGAUACUCCUGACUCUCUCUCGCUUUCAAGUCCGCCUCCCGAAGGACUAGAAACUUGGUUAGGUUUUGAUUUGAGCGCGAGCUGGGGGGGGGAGCGGAAUUUGGUGCCCCCGCUGCCCCCUGGUGGUGCCCUGGCACCUGGCCGGGUUGAAGUGGGUUUCCCUGCAGCCUUCCGAAGCCUACGGUGCUGCUUUCAUUUGCCUUCGCAGCACAAGUGUGUUGUCGCUUCUCUCUUCCAACAAAAGCACAACACCUUUGCCUUUGUGCGAGUUUUUUUUUAUUUCCACGUUACUCGCCAAUCUCCAAAGGCCACCACCUUGCCUCGGCUUAAUCGAACCCAGAGAACUCGAAUUGAUGCAAUGUUUAUAUGCUGCCUUGGUUUUCUUUUAUAUUUUUGCCUGGACAUAUUUUUUUAAAGUUUUGUUUUGUUUUUCCAAAAACUGCAUGGAAACCAUUUAAAAAAAAAAAAAGAUAUUUAAGUCGACACGAGCUGUUUGUUAACAAACUGUGUGAGAAGGGUGCCACAGUGGGGACCGGGCCCGUUCUGCAAAAAGGCAGGGACUAGUAACUUGAAGAGCGGAAUGG